UCAUUGACUUCAAAUUCCCCAUUAACAACGAGUUCUCUCUAUUCACGAGUCUCCCAUGUCGGCGGCACUUGACCCAGCCAUCGCCCCUUCGUCAAUUUCUUUUAUAUUCGUCUCAGGAGACCCAAUCAAAUUACCCCGAAACUCAUAAAUGCAAGUCAUGAAUUUCUUAUGAAGGUUACAACGCAUCGUGGAUUACAAGCAAUUCUGUUUAGUCUGUUAUGUUGUUGAAUUUGAAUGGAUCUUGUCCUCAGUUAUUCAAUUGUAUGUGUGGGAGGUGUUAUCUGAUGUGGGGUUUCAUCUGCUUUUUCCAAUUUUGAAAAAGAUCAAGUUUCUUGCCAUAAAAUCCUUGUCUCUUCUAAUCUUCGAAGGAGGGGUCGCGAGAAUCCUGAAUUUCUUACGGAAAAUUCAACCAAUCGCUGUCCGAUUUAAUCCAAAAUAUUCAAUUGUAUCUAGGGGGUUUGUUAUUUGAUGUUGGGCUUUAUCUAAUUCUUUAUUAAAAAGAAAAAAAACCAAGUUUGUUGUCCCAAGUUCUCUCUUUUUUUUUUUUGUUUUUUUUUUUAAUCUUAGAAAUGGGGGGUUUAGCGAUUAGAGAUGAGGCAGGGAUCGCGAAAAGUUUAUGGGCAAAAUCGACAAAUGAAUCUGUAUUCGCAAUUUAUACUCCUUAUAUAUUGUCACUAGCAUCUGGGAAGUUGGAUUCUGGCUCUUUCCUCCAUUGUAUCUCUCAGGAUCUUCGUUUUCUUCAAGCUUCUGCUGAGGCUUUAGAGAUGGCAGAAGAAUGCUCAGAUGACGAUGACGAUAAAACCGUAAUUUGUAAGAUCAGAAAACGGGUGUUGAAGAAGAUGACAAUGUUUCGAUCAAUUGUCCAAGAAUGGGGCUUUGAACUUCCAACAGGGAAUAUUUCAGAUCGUGCAAUGAUCAAAUAUACAGAUUUCUUGCUGGCAACAGCAUCUGGAAAAGCAGUAGGAGAGAGAUUCCCUGGUAAGCUCGCAACUCCAUUUGAGAAAACUAAGCUUUCUGCUUAUGCCCUUGCUGCCAUGGCACCCUCCAUGAGGCUUCAAUCAUUUUUAAGCAAGGAGAUACAAGCAGUUCUUGAACCUGAUGAAAACAUCCAUCUUUACAAAAAAUGGAUCGAUAGUCUCUCCUCUCAAAAAUACGAGGCUUCAGCAUCUCAGAUUGAAGAACUGUUGGACAAAUUGACCGUGUGUUUGACCGGUGAAGAGCUUCAGUUUGUUGAAACGAUCUAUCACAAAGCCAUGAAGCUUCAAGUAGAUUUUUACUCAACUCAACCGAUCAUUCAGAACACCAUAGUACCCUUGUAUCGAUUUCAUGGAACUGAAGAACACAAUGUUGUGAUAUGUAGUGGAUUCGACUUGACAUGUAGUGCUGUUGAUUCAUGUGCCCUUUUGGCUGAUAUUGCUAUUAUAAAAUCAUCAAAGACUGUAAACUCGAAUGGAUAUGAGUCCCUUUCAGAUGGCACUUUGUUGGAUAAUCGGGAUGUUUGGAGCAGUCUUCAUGGCCAGUAUGUUAGAGAAUAUGAACAAUGUAUCGACAGCAUCAUGCUUAAUGAAAGAGCCAUGGAAUUCAACUUUGAAAGCUUGUGUAGAACACUUGGUGAGUUAUCAGAUCUAGAAAAGGCAGGAAACUUAAGAGUUUGUAGGUCUGGUGUUUUGAAAGGAUUGCAUAUGGAUGACAUUAAGUGGGCUGGUGAACACCUUGUUUUUCAAGAUGGUUGUGUAGAGUUCUUUAGAGAGAUUGAGAAGAUGAAAGAUGUUGCAGUUGAUGCUCAUAUACUUUCCUACUGUUGGUCUGGUGAUCUCAUUAGAUCUGCCUUUUCCAAUGGUGAUUCAGGAUUUCCUGAUGUGCAUUCAAAUGAGUUAGUCUUUGAGGAGUCAAUAUCAAGUGGAGAGAUCUUGAAGAAGGUGCAAUGUCCGAUAGAAAAGCUUCAAACUUUUGAUGAAAUCUGCAAGAAAGGCGGGAAGCUGUCGGUUUACAUUGGGGGUUCAGUGGAAGACUUGCUUUGCCUGUUGAAAGCAGAUAUAGGGAUUGUGAUCUCACCAAGUGCUAAUUUAAAGAGACUUGGAGGUUUAUUUGGCUUCUCUUUUGUCCCUUUGUUUUCUGGUUUGGUGAAGAAACAAAGAGAGUUUAUUGAAGGCGGGUGUCCAUGGAAAGGUCUGUCUGGUACUCUUUACACGGUUUCUAGUUGGGCUGAGAUUCAUGCUUUCAUUUUGGGGUGUAUGAUCUGAUGAAAAUGAAGUACAUAUAUAAAUAUAUAUAAUUUUACCCUAAUACAGAAUAACAGUGAUUAGUGAUUUGUAGGGUUUAUAGCCAGAUUAUUAGUAAUGGCUAGGUUUGAGCCUUGAGUAUUUUUAAAAAGGUCGCCGCCCUUGGGUAUAAUUUACAGGUUUGGUUGUGGGAUUUGUAGAUUUGUGUGCAAGUGUAACAAUAUUGGAAUGAUUUUUUGGAUUGUAAUAUGUAAAGU